AUACAUCAGUGGAUGAAGAUGUCGUUUGACAGUAUGAAUGAAUGUUGUGUUUCAGAACUCGAUUCGUCAUAAUCUGUCCCUGAAUCGGUACUUCAUCAAAGUCCCGCGCUCACAGGAAGAGCCGGGCAAGGGCUCAUUCUGGAGGAUAGACCCAUCAUCUGAGAGCAAACUGGUGGAGCAGGCAUUCAGGAAACGCCGGCCGCGGGGCGUCCCGUGCUUCAGGACCCCUCUGGGACCCCUCUCAUCUAGGAGUGCCCCGGCGUCGCCCAAUCACUCGGGCGUUCUCUCCGCCCACUCCAGCGGUGUGCAGACUCCCGACAGCCUAUCACGGGAAGGCUCGCCUGUUCCCAUGGAGCCAGAGCCCGCCUCUGCCCCGCCCCCUGCUGCUGCUCCCGCCACUGCCGUCCAACCCAAACUAGCUGUGAUUCAAGAGGCCCGUUUUACCCAAAACACCACAGGUACUCAUGAUCACACAUGA